AUAUAAAAAAAGAGUCGAGAAUUUGAUAUCACUUAUUAUAUUUAGAAAUUUACCGAUUAGACUCUUUUAACGGAGAUAUUAAAAAUCACCUGAUUGUAGCCUCGACUAUCUUGCGGGUGAGCUUUUGCGAAAUCAUCAUCGCAGUAUGUACAGAAAUGUUGAUCGGUAAAAGAGCCAAAGCAGCAUUCGGUGCCUGGUUCAAUUGUUACAAUUUGUACAUGUUACCUUCUUUGAAUUGCUUUACUCUUGCCAAUCCUUCCUCAAUUCUAAGAUCAAGAACUUCUCUUCCUACCCAGCAUCGAGCCUUGUUGAGUUCCUUAUAUCCUUCGGCUUCAUUUGCGCGAGUUGCCCAACAAAUCCUUCAACUGCGGGGUCAAUCAUCUCAUGCGACGUUUUCAUCCCCCACGAGGGUCUCUCUUAUAUCUUCCUCCCUUCUGCGAAACAGUACUACCAGGCAAUUCUCGAGUACUCCAGCAGCAAUGACAGCUACAAAGAUUGAUGGCACUGCUAUCGCGAAGAAAAUUCGUGAAAAGAUUCAUGCCGAAAUCGAUGAUGCCCAAAAGACAAAUCCGAGGUUCAAGCCUUCAUUGAAGAUCAUUCAAGGUAACUCUCAGCGAGAAAGUUAUACGAAGUUUAUGCUAAUAUGACUCCUCGCAGUGGGCGAUCGUUCUGACUCAAGUAUGUAUUUGUGAUUGAAACACGACAAAAAUAACUCACUGAUGAUCAUACAGCAACCUAUGUUCGUAUGAAAUUGAAGGCGGCACAAGAGGUUAGCGAUUCUUCAUAAUUUCUUUCGAGCUUAAACUUAUUUCAUGGACAUCUAGGCAGCGAUUGAAUGCGAACUUAUCCCAUUCCCUGAAACCGCAACCGAAGCCGAGGUCCUUGACGAAAUCGAGCGAUUGAACAAUGAUCCGUCCGUUCAUGGUAUUCUUGUUCAAUUGCCGGUCCCCAAGCAUAUGUCCGAAUACAGUAUAACUUCUGCUGUAUCUGAUGAGAAGGAUGUAGAUGGUUUUGGGGCAUCGAACAUUGGAGAACUUGCGAAGCGUGGAGGACGUCCUCUUUUCAUACCAUGCACGCCAAAAGGUGUCAUGGUCCUACUCGAGGAGAGCGGUGUGGAUCUGAAGGGCAAGAAUGCGGUCGUUCUUGGACGCAGCAAUAUUGUUGGCAGCCCUACUAGUUACCUCCUCAAAAAUGCCGAUGCUACUGUGACAGUAUGCCAUUCAAGGACCCAAAACAUUGAGCAAUUCAUCAAGAAUGCGGAUGUUGUUGUUGCAGCCAUCGGCAAAGCCAACUUUGUCAAAGGAGAGUGGUUGAAGCCGGGUGCAGUAGUCAUUGAUGUUGGCACUAAUUUUAUUCCUGACGAAACCAAGAAAUCUGGUCAGAGACUUGUUGGGGAUGUCGAUUUUGAAUCUGCUUCGGAAGUUGCCUCCCAGAUCACACCAGUACCUGGUGGAGUGGGGCCGAUGACCAUCGCAAUGCUCCUACAAAAUGUUGUCGAAUCUGCCAAAGCUUACUUUGAUCAGCAGAAAGCUAAAGCUAUCAAGCCUCUAUAGCUCAAGCCUCUACCUUUAAAGCUUCAAACCCCGGUACCAUCGGAUAUCGCUAUCUCAAAUCGAAGGUUCCGAUAGAGACGACCGAGGAGCGAUGAUGGAGUUGUGAUGACUUCCUUGAAUAUAAGUUUAUAGAGCUUAUCGCAUAGCUUACCUUGGAGCAGAGUGUCCAAUAGUAUGGACUGCAAUCCAAGAAUGAGAAGCUUCUAAAUCAAUUCAGACAAUGAAUUAUAUGAAAUAUCAAAAUGUAAUUAAAGUAUUCUAACUAUUGGGGAUAUUGAAUUAUAUUCAAAUGUUC